GCGAAAGCGUUGCUGAAAUUCGUGGAGGCGAUUUCGGAGAAGACUCUGCGAUCAACAGUUAGCCUGACGGCCGCCAGAGGACGUGGCAAGUCGGCGGCGCUUGGUCUGGCCGUCGCCGCUGCCGUAGGAUUCAGUUAUUCCAAUAUUUUCGUCACCUCGCCCUCCCCGGAGAACCUCAAAACGUUCUUCGAGUUUGUCUUCAAAGGAUUUGACGCAUUGGCGUAUCAGGAGCACUUGGAUUACAGCCUUGUGCAGUCAACCAAUCCAGAGUACAACAAAGCUUUGGUUAGAGUCAACAUUUUCAAGGAUCAUCGGCAAACCAUUCAGUAUAUUCAUCCUACAGACGCCCAUCAUCUAAGUCAGGCUGAGUUAUUGGUUAUUGAUGAGGCAGCUGCUAUACCUCUGCCCUAUGUCAGAAAAAUGCUUGGACCCUAUCUGGUCUUUCUGGCUUCUACCAUCAACGG